AGUGUUAGCUUCUUCCACACUCUCCUCUCCCGGUACGUGUCGCUGGUUGUCCCGCAUCAUGUUCAGAGCCGCCGUCCGACUCUCAAUCUCCGGUGUCCGGAGUGUAACCCGCACGCAACCUGGAAGCCAAGCUGUUUUGGCCUCAAGGUGUUACUCACAUGGGAAGCAAGAGACCGAUGAGGAGUUUGACGCCCGAUGGGUCACGUAUUUCAACAAGCAAGACAUUGAUGCAUGGGAACUGAGAAAAGGGAUGAACACAUUGAUUGGUUACGAUCUGGUACCUGAGCCAAAGAUUAUUGAUGCAGCACUGAGAGCCUGCAGGAGGUUAAACGAUUUGGCCAGCGCUAUCCGAAUUUUGGAAUCUGUGAAGGAUAAAGCGGGCCCCUAUAAAGACAUCUACCCGUAUGUGAUCCAGGAGCUGCGGCCAACAUUAGAUGAGCUUGGAAUCUCCACACCUGAAGAACUUGGCAUGGACAAAGUAUAGAUGAAUCUAAAGACGCAGAACCCUUGUACUAUAUGUUUGCCUCAUAUAAUACGUGUGAUAUUUAAUUUCGCCUUUCUUUUGCUUGUAUAAAUAUUGAUGAACCUAAUAAAGAAAACUGUAUCUUUAUUAAGUGUCACAAGUAUUUUGGGAUAUUUUAAAGUAGCUUACAUGCGUAAUUAUUGAAUCAAUACUUCAUUACGAGUUGCUUUAAUAGAGAAGAAGUCACUUUAUGGUGCAUGUAAUCUGAGUCUUGUCUUGGCAUUCCUGUGAAAGUCACAUUUUGCCACCAGGGAGCAGCAUUUUCACGUGAAUGUAAAAACCAUUCUACUGUACUGAGUCAAUCAAUAUUACAUCUGUUUUCAUUUCAGGGAAAUUUUACAUGCUGGUAAAAUAAACAUGUUCAAACGGCAAAUGGUGUAAUGUUAUUAUCAACAGAAUAACUGGGAACAAACAUUUUCUGAAUUAUUCUCAAAGCUCUGAGCAGGAAGACCUUGGAAUACUUCAUGUGUACUUGGUAGCAUGUUUAGUUGCAAUAUGUUUAAUGUAUUUAGAUUAGAGCUGAGAUCAUUCAUUAAUCAUUUGAUUGACAAAAUGAAUUGAAACUAUUUUGGGUAUUGCCAAUAAGUAUAAGCUAUAACACUGUUACUUGCAUCAGACAGCUGUUUCAGCCUGUCCAUGUAUAUUGUAUUUGUCCCUAUUAAAAAUACCCUAAUGAAUGAGUUUUGGAUAACUGA